AUGGCUCUUUCAAAGGAAAAGGACCCUAAUCGCAAAAAAAAGACAAUAUCCUGGGACGAAAACUGUAUAAGAGAACAGGACAAGGAACGUGGUACGAGGAUGAAAAUACCAGAAAUAUCGACACCAUUCAACUACGAAACCUGGGAUUCUGGAUCGGAGGAAGAUUUCGCCGCAAAAGCCGAGAGGCUAACUCAGGUUCAGCAAUCGAUGAGAGAAGAAGUAGUACACAGGCUGCUGGAAAUAAAGGAAGAUACAGAAAAGAAAAAACUAUUUGAAGAACAACGCAAGAAACACUACGAUGAAUAUAAAACAAUAAAGGCCCUCAAGGAGGAAGGGAAACUCUCCUACGAAGAGUAA